AUGCUCAUCUGCCUUGUUUGUUCCGUGCCCGUUCAGUCAUUCGGUGAGGUGCCUGUGGUAGUGAGUGUUGAUCUUUUUGAUUUGUUUCCUUUACGAACAGACUCAAAAUUCGUUUUAAAAAUGAGUGCUACGGGCAUCUUACCUACUCACCAAAGAUUCGUGAACGGUGUUCCUGUCCCCUCAUCAAGACGUUCUUUUCGCGCCCGUGAACGAUACGUGAUUUUUUUGGUUUUUCUUACGUUCGGCCUGAUAUGUUUUGGUACUUUCUUUUUCCUGCCCGAAUUCAAAACCGGAGGAACGGCCGAGAGCGUGUAUAAAGUAUACGAUCAGAUAAAAAGAGCCGGUCCUGAGCUGCUUAUCCCGCCUCCACCUCACCUUGAAGACACCAGAGAAGCCCCGAGAGUGUUCAGACACGAGACCUUCGUUAAGGAAGACCCACAUCUUAUAGGCGACCGUGAAGCUCUCAGAGCCAAAAUAGAGCAAGAUGGGGAGCUCAAAGUGCUCGAAAGGCCCGACUGGGGAAUGCAGAAGAGCUCAUCCACUUCAAAGACCAAUGACCUGAAUCAAGUGGAUGAAAGUGUUAUAGCAGAGGGGACUGUUGCAGAAAAAAUUGUCACUGUGCCGCCUGCAAUAAGUGAUCAUUACCCAAUUGUUAAAGGGGGUGAAGAUCCAGAUCCAGCAGUUAGAGAAAAGAGAGACAAAGUUAAAGAGAUGAUGAAGCACGCCUGGGGUAACUACGUGCGUUACGCCUGGGGCAAAAACGAGUUGCGGCCCGUCAGCAAACGGGGCCACUCUGCGAGCAUCUUCGGGGCUAUGCCCAUAGGGGCCACCAUUCUCGACGGUCUCGACAGCCUGUACGUCAUGGGGUUGGACACCGAAUACAAACAGGCUAGAGAUUGGGUAGCGAACGAAUUGGAUUUGGCAGCUAUGACAUCUGACGUAUCGGUAUUCGAGGUCAACAUCAGAUUCGUAGGAGGACUGCUGGCUUGCUUCGCUCUAACUGGAGAUGUAAUCUUCAGGGAUAAAGCACAACAGAUUGCUGAUAAGCUGCUACCUGCAUUUGAUACUCCCACCGGUAUACCAAAUGCUUUGGUUAACUUCAAGACCGGGAACAGCAAAAACUACUACUGGGCCAGCGGUGGUUCGAGCAUCCUGUCAGAAUUCGGUACUCUCCAUUUGGAAAUGGCAUACCUCAGCGACGUUACCGGAAAUCCGAUAUAUCGAAACAAGGUAGACCAUAUUAGAAAAGUGCUCCAAGGUUUGGAGAAACCCAACGGUCUCUAUCCCAACUACUUGAACCCGAAAACUGGAAAAUGGGGUCAACACCACAUGUCAAUGGGUGCUCUCGGUGACAGUUUCUACGAGUACCUCCUGAAAGUUUGGCUGCAAACCAACAAAGAAGACAACGAAGCUAGACAAAUGUUCGACGAUGCUAUGCAGGCGGUGUUCCAACACAUGCUGCGUACCUCACCAAGUGGACUAUCGUACUUCGCUGAACUGAAGUUUGACAGGCUUGAGCACAAAAUGGACCAUUUAAGCUGUUUCUCUGGUGGUUUGUUAGGCCUCGCCUCCAAAACCUUGAAGAACGACCAGUCCCAGCGGUACAUGGACGUGGCCAAACAGAUCACGAACACCUGUCACGAGUCGUACGAUCGUUCCAACACGAAACUGGGACCGGAAGCGUUCCGGUUCACCGAAGGAGCGGAGGCACGCGCUAUGAAGACGUCAGAGAAGUACUACAUUUUGAGACCGGAAGUGAUCGAGUCUUACUUCUACAUGUGGCGGCUGACCAAGGACAAGAAGUACCGAGAUUGGGGAUGGGAAGCUGUGCAGGCUUUGGAGAAAUACUGCAGAGUUCCAGGUGGAUAUACAGGGAUCAAGAAUGUCUACGCAGAAGAACCACAACAAGACGAUGUACAACAAAGUUUCUUCCUGGCAGAAACGUUAAAGUAUCUCUACCUGCUGUUUUCGGACGACAACAUCUUGUCGCUAGACGAAUGGGUGUUAAAUACAGAAGCUCAUCCCUUGCCCAUAAAGGGUGUGAACCCCAACUAUAGAGAAUCAACCCAAUAAUGGUAGACAGUCCUUCGUGUGCGACUGAAUUCUGUAUUCAUUUAAAUCUAGCGCCAAUUUCCGGGGGAACUCAACGUAACCGAUACAUGAAAAGUGUUCACGAAACAUGACUUAGCCAAUGUUUUUGCGUGUCUUCUACGAACGAAAUGCUGGAACUGUACAUAUAAUUAUAAGGUGAAAGUGUUUGAUAAUACCUGUGAUCUACAUUGACUUGAACAAUGGACACGACGUUUGCUUUUUUGUUAGAGGGAAGAAAAUGGUGGAUAUUUUUUAGGUACUUUUAGUGCGAGACAGAUGAAUAUUCUACUCAACGUGCGUGUAUAUAUAGUAGUUGUCUUCUAGUCAGUCAUUUUUCGAUGAGACUUUUCUCUGGGUAAGUGCAAAGGUAGAAGGUAUUUUUGCAUCUGAAUGGCAGAAUUGUCAUACGGAAAAUAGAAAAAGCUUUUCUUCCCUAUUUUGUCCAUCUUUACCUGUGAUACGAAUAUUUAUAUUUUUUCAAAGCUUUUUGAUGUGACUGACUGUGUUUUUCCGGACAUUAAUUGUUUAUCUACGAUUGUGCUAUAUGUAUUUCGAGAAUAAUAAGCGUUUAAGUUGCUAGGCAUGUUAGAGUCGUCUAAGGUUCCGGAUUUACGCCCUAGACACACAAAAAAUAUAGCGGCAUUUGAUGAACAUGGUUUGCACCAUUGAGAUACGGGCCUCUAAAUUUUGUUUGUGAAAUUGAAAGGACUUUUCAGUAUUUUUUUGUUGUUCAUGGAUUCCAGAUGCAAGUAGUGCCAUCUACAUUUGUAUUUACAGCUAAAUUUUGCUUUUACUGGAAGGGCAUAAAAUGUGAUACUAUUGUGGGAUAUUGUAUGAAUGUUGCCUUUAUUAGAAACGACUAUUUUAUAAGGAGUAAUAAUUAUUUAAUGUGAAAAUGUUUUAGGUCAAUGCUAAUUUUAAUUUUAGUAAAAUGAAGGUCGUUUUAUAGUACGAUUGUCAUUUUGAAUCAUUACAAUCAAAAUUCAUAUUUUAUCUAUAAUUUACUGUAAAGCAGGUUCAGUAAUAUAAAUUUUCGUCGUGGACUGUUAAUAAAAAAUAGCAUAUGGAAGGACGGUUAAGGCCAAAAUUUAAAUUAUAAACAAUGUCUAUAAAAAUGUAAUAAUUAUUGGUGACCUGUUUCGUACUUAUUUCAGCAACUAAGGCGAAGCGCGUCAUAAAUUUUUAAUUUUCAUUUUGAAAUGUUUGCAUUAGUUAUUUUUUAUUAAUAAAUCUAACAAGAAAAAUAAUUCGUCACUUUUAUAAAGUGAUUAGUAGAGGCGCGAAAUGAACUAAUAUAGCAGCACCCAGAAUGUAUCGAUGUGAAAAAGUUUAUGUUAGUUACAUGAGUUAUAAACCAAAAAUGAUAUUUUGAGGAACUUCUGAGUACUGUUUAAAUAAUGAUUAGUUACUAAUCGGAGACUGUUUGAUCAUCUAAUUCAUGUGGACUUAUGAUUUUUCCGUGUAAUCACAUUUUUUUUUUGUAGUUUUAUCUGACUAUUGAUAUACUCGUAUUUUGGCAUAGCUUUAGAUGUAUUCCGUUUUUUUUUUAAGAAGAAACGUUUUAUGUGAUGGCAGCUGUUAACAGUGGCUUUUAGCUGACAUGUUGAUUGUCAGAUGAAAAUAAGCAUUUAUAUUGUUUUAGUAUCUUUAGCACACCCCAUAAAAAUUGUUAACCCAAUUUUAAUGUCUUUUCUUUUAUAUCAUCUUCAGUACGGGCAAUAUCUUGACAUCUGAUGGGAAAAAUAUUCUGAUUCGUAUUUUUUGCAUAAUCUCAUUCAAAAAGGGCCCUUUUUCAUGAAUUUGCAUGUUGCCAGGUCCAAAUUUUAGUCAUAACUUAUUCAACAAAUUUCAGAAAUUGUUCUUUUUGUGCUUCGGUGACAGUGUUUUUAAGUUUUUAGGACAUUAUAGAAAAAAGGUGCUUUAGAACUGGAUAGUUUUCGAGAUAUAAGCGAUACAAUAUUUGUAAAAGUGCGAAAUAUUCCAUUUUCGAUCUAGAAAUACAGUAUCAAAAAACGGAAAUUUUAAUUUUGCCAAUGUUCUUAAAUAUGUUUCAAACAACCAUUUACAAAAUCCCAAAGCACCUGAGGAGACGUUGUUACUGUAAACCUUUGUUUUUUAAUUGUUGUUUGUUGUUUAAAAAUCGUCGACGCUAAUUUGAGCCUGGCAACACGCAGGUUCGUUAAAAGUGGCGCUUUUUGAAUACAAUUAUGCAAUAAAUCUGGAUUAGAAUAUUUCCCCAUCGGAUGCGAAGAUAUUGCCCGUAUGACUUUUAUUAUCCCAUUUUGUUAACAUUGAGAAAAUAUACAUAUGUUUACAAUUAUAUGAAUCGCUUAACUUUGUUGCAUCGUACGUUUUUUGUUUUUUAGUUUUGUGUGAUUGAAUGAACAAAUAUUUUUCUGGGGUGUGUACUUUUGUCACUAUGUCAUGAAAUAUGGCAAUAUGUCAUAGCACGACUUUUACUUUUUACUGUCAGAGAGGUAGUAAGUAUUGUAUAAUAUUGUAUAUAUAUGUUAACUAGAUGUUAUACACUUAUAUCGAAAACUAAACAAUGUGCUAAAUGAUUGCAUUUUAUACAACUUCUAUAGUUUGGUCUGAAGAAACUUUUUUUAUAAAAAUGUUUAUGUAUAAUUUUAUUUUUCUCACACCACCAGCGUAUCUAAACAGAAGUUCCAAAACUAAAAAUCUUUAUUUAAUGAGGCAAACUUCAAUUUGGUAAGUGAAUUUUUUUUAGUUUAAAUCUCAUUCUUUUAGAUUCUUUAGACGAAGCUUGCCCAGUUAGAGAAGACUGAGUAAUUUUGCGAGUGCCACUAUUUUUGUAGAACACACCACAUGUUUACAUAUUCAAAACCUAGUUUUUUGAAAAUCGUAUGCUCCUCUAAAUUCGGUGAAACUAUUUCAUACUUUCAAAAAGUACUCACAUCAGUUACUAUGGGAAAUUUUAUGUGUUCGAAAUUCUGACUAACUUUUCAUUUAUCUAAUGCUGGAGGUAUACUUGUCUUAAUCUUUACUCAUAAAGCUGACGUUUCGACAUUUAUUUGAUGUCUUCAUCAGCAGUACAAAAUGCGAAGAAUACAUUUUGAUGAAUUACAAUAAGACCAAAAAGUUAUAUGGAUAAGAACAUCAAAAUAAACAAAUAUGUUAAAAACAGUAGUUGAAUCUUGAAUCAAAACAUGAGACAAAUAUGAUGAAAAAAACAGUAAAUUGUAAAAAAUGGAGAAGAGCAACCUUUUACCAGAAUCCGAAAAUUAAAACAAGAAACGUAACUUUUGUUUUGAGCUGAGGGCGUGGCAAAUACUAUCAGGCAUUUUUUAAGAAAUUGUCAAAGUUUAUCAUGAAGUGCUUUUUAUUGUAUGAAAUAUUUCAUGAGGAAAGAUUACGUCGAAAGUAUUAUUUUGAGAAAACUAUUUUUCAGAGUUCUUAUGAAUGCAUUGCCUGUAUUUCGUUGGUGUUCCGCAAGCUCCUCGUGUGUUGUGAAAAGUCUUAAAGAUAAAUGGAACUACCUGUAAAAAGUUGUUUACUAUUUAAGAACAGAACUGUAAAUACCAACAUUUUAAAUAAAAAAAUAUUAAUUUA